AUAAAGCUUUGUUUUGAUAAAAACUAAAUAAUAUAAUAUAAUUAAUAAACUGUCAGAUAUUUAUAAGUAAUGUAAAAAUAUCGCAAUGGGCAAGAAAAGAUAUAACGCUAAAGCGCGGCAAGUGGUAAAAACCAAUGUUGAUAAUUCUCAAACCAACGAGAUCAAGUUAGAGUUUGCAACAAAUAACUAUGGCUCAGAGGAUCCCAGUAAUUUAUUGGCUCUGCCAUCAAAAAAGAGAAAAACUAAAAUUGUAGCAGAGAAGAAAGAAAAAACAAGAUUUUUGUCCAAGGCACAGAGGAAGAGAUUGGAAAAAAUAAUAGACAAAAAGAAAAAGAAAGAAAAUCGCGCGUCAUUAUUAGAAUCUCUAAGUCAAGUGCAAGCUUCUAAAGAAGAAGUGGAGCAACUUACUACAAUUUCUGCUUUCCAAACACUUGGUCUAAGAAAACUUAAUGAAUAUGAUGUAGAAACUGCAAAUUUGAAACUUAAGAAACCAGAUGAAGACCAAGAAGAACCAAAGAAAUUCAGUAGUAUAGCAGGAGCAAAAAAACGUUUACGUCUGCUCAGACUGGAAAAUGCCAAUAAAGUAAAGAAGACGAAGUAUGACCCAAAUGUAGUGGGAUUAGAAGAAUCCUCAGAUGAUAUUACAGAAUCUGAAUCUGAUGAGGAUGAGGAUGCUGUUGAAAAUGGUGAUCAGGAAUGUAUCAUAGAAGAGAGUAAUAUAAAAGACAUUCCUAAUACUGUAGAGGUUAAAGAAGAAGAGAGCACAAUUGUUAUAAAUGAUGACAUCAAAAGUAUAAAAAUAGAUAAUACAGAAACAGACCUAGAAAAGAAAAAUAAAAAGAAUGACAAAAAAGCUGAUAAAAAGGCUAAAGAAGUGAAAAAACCACUGCUGUCUCAUGAAACAAUACAUAUCAAUGUUAAAAGAGACCCUAAAAUACAGGUGGCAAGGUUGAAAUUGCCUAUACUGGGCGAGGAACAAAAAAUAAUGGAGCUGAUUAAUGAAAAUGAGUUCCUCAUUGUUGCUGGAGAAACAGGAAGUGGUAAAACAACACAAAUACCCCAGUUUCUAUAUGAAGCUGGUUAUGCUGAAAAGCAAAUGAUUGCUGUGACUGAACCAAGGAGAGUGGCCACUGUAGCUAUGUCUGCCAGAGUCGCUCAUGAGUUGGGAUUGAGUAGUAAGGAAAUAUCUUACUUGAUGCGGUUUGAAGGAAAUGUUACAAGAGACACAAAGAUUAAGUUUAUGACAGAUGGUGUGCUCUUAAAAGAGAUACAGUCAGAUUUCCUCCUCAGCAAGUAUUCAGUAGUAAUUAUAGAUGAAGCCCACGAAAGAAGUGUGUAUACAGAUAUUCUACUAGGAUUAUUAUCUAGAAUAGUUCCUUUACGGAGAAAACGAGGUUCCCCCUUGCGGCUUAUUAUUAUGUCAGCUACAUUGAGAGUGGAGGAUUUUACUGAAAAUACAAGGCUGUUUAAGGAACCUCCGCCUUUGAUUACGAUUGAUUCCAGACAGUUUCCUGUGACAAUACAUUUCAAUAAAAAUACUUACAGUGAUUAUUUAAAAGAAGCUUAUAAAAAGGCGGUAAAAAUACACACAAGAUUGCCAGAAGGCGGCAUACUUAUAUUUGUAACUGGUCAGCAAGAAGUCAAUUACCUUGUGCGUAAACUAAAGGCUUCGUUUCCAUAUCGCAAAGAUAUAGAUUAUUCAAAAAUAAUCACCAAGAAAUCUACAACGGAAGUAGAUCCAGCACUCGAUUCUGAACCAGAAGACAUUGAAUCUGAUGAUGACGAGGUAGAAAAAGAGAUGAAACGUGCAAGAAAAGCUAGGAAGAAGGCUAAACAAAAAUCAAAAGCAUUACCAAAGAUCAAUUUGGAUGACUAUGACAUGCCUGAAGACGAUGGGCAAGCUGAUUUAAUUGGAAAUGACGAUGAUAGUGAAGGACAUUUGAGUGAUUCAGACUUCGAAGAUGAUAGUCUAACACCAGAAAUCAAAUCCUGCCGACAGCCUCUAUGGGUCCUACCUCUAUUCUCUAUGCUUAGUUCCGCGAAACAGGCCAGAGUGUUUGAAACCCCGCCUGUUGGAGCAAGGCUAUGUGUUGUUAGUACUGAUGUAGCUGAAACUUCAUUGACUAUCCCAGCUAUUAAGUAUGUCGUUGAUACUGGAAAGAAAAAAAUGAAAGUAUACGAUCACCGCACUGGCGCUAGUGCCUGGCGCAUUGUGUGGACGUCGCAGGCCAGUGCGUCUCAACGGGCCGGUCGAGCGGGACGUACUGGCGCUGGACACGCAUACAGACUGUAUAGUAGCGCAGUAUUCCAACACGAUUGUGCACCACACUAUGAGCCCGAUUUGUGCCGAAGACCUGUAGAUGAGUUGCUGUUGCAGAUGCGCUGCAUGGGCAUAGACAAGGUGGUGAAUUUCCCGUUCCCAACUGCUCCAGAUAGAAUGCAACUGCGAUUGGCGGAAAAACGUCUAGAAAUUUUGGGUAUACUAGAGAAAUAUGAAACAAACAAAAAAAGACGAGGAGACGAAGACGUGCUAAAAGUGACACCACUAGGUAAAGCGGUGUCAGCUUUUCCCCUUUUGCCGCGCUACGGUAAAAUGUUAGCGCUCAGCCAUCAACAGAACCUACUGCCUUAUACUAUAGCGUUAGUUGCUGCUCUCACUGUGCCUGAGAUUAUGAGCGGAAAGCCAGAUUCUUGGCCUGCAACAGGCAAUAAUCUUUUAUUGGGCGAUCCUGGAGUCCUAUUAAGAGCCGUGGGAGCCGCGGAGUAUGCGCAUACGAAAGGAGAAGAAGAAUUGUUUUGUGCUAAAUAUGGACUCAGGGAAAAGGCGCUCAAAGAAAUACGCAAGAUAAGAAAGCAACUAACCUCUGAGAUAAACCUAAGCGUCUCUGGAGUGAAUGUAACAGUGGACCCAGAGAUGAAGCCACCAGAUGAGAAUCAAGCAAGGUUGUUACGGCAACUGCUGCUAAGUGGUUUGGGAGACCAGGUCGGGAGGAAGAUCGCUAUGCACGAAGUUAAAGAGGGUGAAGACAAACGCAAAUACAAGUACGCGUACCACUGCGGUGAUCUAGAAGAACCAGUUCAUCUGCACUCGGAAUCCAUACUUCGGAAGACGAUACCGGAAUGGGUGGUGUACCAGGAGCUGUACGAGACUGGCGGUGAUGAGAGACGCAAGAUGGUGAUGAGGAAUGUGGCGGCUAUUGAGCCGGAGUGGCUGCCGGUGUAUGUGCCGCAACUGUGCCGUCUUGAAUCACUAUCGGAUCCAGAGCCAAGAUAUGACGAGAAGAGCGGUCGUGUGAAGGGCCAUUACAAGGGAACAUUUGGAAAGGCUGGUUGGGAAUUGCCUAUAGUGGAAAUCGAUUUUCCCGAUAAAAUUGAACGAUAUAGAUGGUUCGCGCGAUUCCUUCUAGAAGGUUCCGUGUUUCCAAAACUCAAGAAAUACGCGACGUCAUUACUAUCACCUCCUUCUACUAUGAUCAAGAGUUGGGCUAAAUUGCAACCGAGAACUGAGAUUCUGUUAAAAGCACUAAUUUCUAGACGUUGUGGUACGAAGGCUGAGUUACAAAGGGCUUGGGAAGAGGAAGCGAGUUAUUUACAAGAGGAGUAUUUAAAAUGGUUGCCAGAGUCGGCUCAUAAUGAAGUAACCUUAUACUGGCCUCCCUUAUAAAAAUUAUUUAUUGUAUAUAAUUAUUGUAAAUAAAACGUAUUGUUUUAUAAA